UUGAUUUCACAUGUAUUUUAUUUACUGUGUAUUAUAGAAAAUCUUACGAUUUCUACUGCGACUACUGUGCGUGUAGAUGGUGGAUUAUUUUUGUGUACGAAACAAAAAAACAUACGCUUGUUUGAAUAUACAUACAUACACACAAUGCUAACUUUAGAUUUAGACGUGUAUUACCUGAUUAAUAAUAAUAGACGCCCGUUUAAUUUCCAAUCAUUACAAAAAUAGAAUAUACUGCUUAGAUUUGUUAUAUAUAUAAAUUUUUUGUCUUAUGCUAAUAUCGUAGCUUCCUUCAUUACCUGAUUAUUCUAACCAAAAUAGCUACUAAGUAACGAUUCUAAGUGUAAAAGGUGCAUUAUUUCAUAAUACAUUACAGACAUAUCCACUACUAAUUAGAUCACAUCGAAGACUCAGAAAUUGUUAUGGUUUCUCUUAGACGACUUCACUUCUUGCGUUACUUCACCUAGUUUGUAUUGUGUCUUGUGCGAGAAAAGAUGGAAAAUUAUUUAAGCGACUUGGAGAAGGGAAUAGUUUUUCCAGACACUAUUGCAAGUGAUUUAGUUGAUCGAGUAUCUGAUCGAAUAGGAUAUUUAAUUCAUAACCUAAGCUGUGUGCUAGCUGUUGUAAUGUCGUUUUUACUUGGAUUUGAAUACGAUAAAGUUUGGAAUAAAGUUAAAUUAAAAAUAGAUGAUAAGGGCAUAUUAAGAAUAUCCGUUUUAGUCGUUUUAUUUAUUCUUCUACCAGCGCUUUUAAUAUUUAUCUUGUUGAGUUUGAUUUAUAAGAACUUAUGUUCUAUGAUUAUUAAAGGAAAAGAUGAACAUUUUGUAUCAUUUCUUGAAAGUUUUGACGUGUUUUGGAGUUUAGAUGACGCUAACAAAAACGUCAUUGAGGUUCUUGGUUUUAUAGAAGCCGACUCUCCAGAUGCAUUAAUUUUGAACAUAAGAGAGAGACUCAAUCAUUUAGUAGGCAAUGCAGCAGUAGAAAAGAUAUUUUAUAGACGUCUUGAACAGUUUGGGUUCUACUACUGGCAAAGACCCGACACUGUUGAUGUUUCACAAUAUGUGAAGAUACUUAAGAUUUCCAAUACAAGCGGGCUUAGUAAACGCGAUUUAGAAACCAUCAUGACUCAAUUAUCUGAAGAUGCUUUGCCAUACGAUGGUGAAGGUCUCUUUGAAAUACUGGUAGCCGAUAUUCAAAUAAUAGAAGAAGCAUUUUUAAAUAACUACGCGAUAAUGUUUAGGAUACAUCAUUCAGUUGGUGAUGGCAUCGCUUUGAUAGAGUUUUUAUGUAAAAUUUUGGCUGAUGAAAGUGACAUAAAUUUAUUCAAACCUCCAGAAGUUUGCAACCUGAUCGAAGAGAAUUUAGCAAAAGAUUUAGUAGAUUUGUUGAGCAAACUCAAGGAGAUAAUCAUGUGCACAGUAGACGGAGUAAUACGAAAACCUGACCUUAAUUCAUUGCAUGGGCCGAAACUUGAGGGCAAGAAACAUUUUAAGUGGAUUGAUACCAAUUAUAACCUACUGGAUAUGAUAGAGGAAAUUAAAGAAUCCCAGAGUGGUUUAAACUUUACAGAUAUAUUAGCAACUGCAUUAUCCUCUGGAUUACGAGACUAUUUUUCGCAGACUAUGCUUUACGUGCCGGAUGAUGUAGCAGUAAUAAUUCCCAUAAGAUUGAGUGAAUCUGAUAGGAUAUUGAAGAACAAUUUUACAGUUACCAUACUGCCACUACCAUUGACAGGUGAUUUAAACAUCAUCAACCAAAGUUGUAAUACGCUGCGCAAGAGUCUGGACCCUUUAACGAAUCAUUAUCUUUUAAAAUUGUGUAACAUUUUCCCGAAAUGUAUUCUGGAGCCAGUUUUCAAUAGUAACCAGGCGACGAUGGUUUUUAGCAACAUUCCUGGUCCAAAAAGUUUGAGCAUAUGUGGCUGCGCGAUGCAAUCCAUGGUAUUCUUUGUACCAAAUAAGGGAACCACCGGUGUGGGAAUAACUGCACUCUGUUAUGGCGGCGUUCUAAGAUUUGCCAUAAUGGCUGACUCCGCACUUCUGUCAAAUCCUGAAGAUUUGUCCAUAAUAAUAAAUGGGAUGGUGCAAAAAAUUGGAUCAUUACACAAAGACUACGUAAUGACAUAAAUAUUUAGUUACCAUUUUGCUAUGCAAUAGCUUCUCAGUUAAAGAUAUGGAGAAAGCCAGAAAUACCAUAAAAAGCUACUACAUUAAAAUUACCCUGUUAUAUUAUAUUUCUAAAUUGGAUAUCACUUAAUUUUUUUUUUAUAUUACAACAAUGGGAUAUUGAUGUUAUACCUACUGAUAUUAUCUGAAUUAUUAUUUUAGCAUUUCACUACUGGAUUUUAUGUUUUAUAAAAACCAA